AUGUCGCGUCCAGAUCUCAAAGAUAACCGCACCAUGGCAAUUUUGAACGCCGCUCGUGACGGCGGCUACGCAGUCCCCGCAGUAUGCUGCUACAAUCUGGAGAGUAUUAUUGCUACGGUCCGCGCCGCCGAAGCGUGCCGCUCUCCAGCAAUAGUCCAGCUCUUCCCUUGGGCACUCGAGUACGCGGGAUCAACGCUGGUGCUUGCCGCAGCCGAAGCCGCGCAUUCAUCCUCGGCACCCGUGACCCUCCACCUCGACCAUGCGCAGACGCCGGAGCUGGUCCGCCAGGCCGCCGACAUCCCGGCUGCUUUCGACGGGAUCAUGUGCGACAUGAGCCACUACGAAAAGGAGGAGAAUCUCGAGCUGACGCGCGAGCUCACGGAGUACUGCCAUCGGCGCGGCAUCAUCUCCGAGGCCGAACCGGGCAGGAUCGAGGGCGGGGAGGACGGCGUGGCCGCGACCGUGGAUCUGGAGGCGGUCUUGACGACCCCAGAGCAGGCGGAAGAGUUUGUCUCGACGGGCAUCGAACUGCUAGCGCCGGCAUUCGGGAACGUCCAUGGGGAAUACGGCCCCAGGGGGAUCAACCUGGAGUAUGAGCGUCUGGAAUCCGUUCACAAGGCUGUGGGGGACCGGGUGAGGUUGGUUCUGCACGGCGCAGAUCCUUUCGACGAGACGGUCUUCACCAAGUGUAUCCGAGCAGGCGUCACCAAGAUCAACAUCAACAAAGGGGUAAACAAGCACUACGAGAAGGUGCAAGCGGAGAUGCGCGGAAAGCCGCUGACGACGGUGAUUGAAGCUGGGACGUUGGCGAUGCAGAAAGCGGUCGAAAAUUAUAUGAGGAUCCUCGGUAGUGCUGGAAAAGCGUAG